AUUCUAUCAACCGGAUCGUCCUGAAAGACUGCAGAAUCACUGAAAUGGCCACAGUCACGGAAGAGAUCCAGAUCGGAGAGCUCUCAGUGGAUGGGCAACAGUCGGAAGGCUGGGUCGCUUUCGAGUCGUUCGAGCUCCCUACGUCUAAUCAGCGUCUACUUGGACCUCCUCACCCAAAGGGGACCGUAAUCCCACUUGCAUUGCGUCCUUCGCGGGAGACCUCCGCUGAAGUUACCCUCGAUGGUGUUAUCGCCACUAUCGAAUCUCUUCAAAGAAAAGAUAACAGCCUCACGAGGCAUCUCGCACGCCAUGGAACCAUUCUCUUCCGUGACUUGCCUAUUCAGAAUGCAGAGGACUUCAGCAAAUUCGCUCACGCAUUCGGCUACAAACCACACGAAAUUAUUGGUAUUGUGGUUGAUAGACCCCUGCUCGCACCUAAUGUGGCGCCGGCCAAUGAAGCACCCAAGGAAGUUCUCAUCUACAACCACAACGAGUCUCCACAAGUCUCUCACGCACCAGAAUACGUCUUCUUUUAUGGCCAUCGUGCGCCAAUGCAGGGCGGUGAAUCGCCAAUCUCCUCUUCCUUCGAGCUCUUCAACCGCGCCCAGCGUGAGAUCCCAGACUUCAUCGACGAAUUAGCCGAGAAAGGCGUCCUCAGUCGCGUGACUUAUAAGCUUGAGCAACAGUUUGCAGGCGGCUCGACACUGCGUCAGGCCUUCGGAAAGGAGUUCCAGUCAGGUGAUGAUGAAGAAACCAAGCGUCGCAAGGUGGAGGCUCAGAUUGCGCGCUACGGACGCGGGGAAUACACGACCUGGGAAUGGUCAAAAGACGACGACGGCCAGACGCAGCUGGUUCUCACACACCGCCUCCCUGCUAUUCGGACGCAGCCGGAAUCCAACCUUCCCACGCUCUUUACAGGACUGGCGGCGUAUUGGAAGAGAGGGCAGGUCAAGUCGGGUGCACGGAGAAACGACACGCAGCAGCUCUUCGGGGACGGCACGCCGAUUCCAGACAAGUAUCUGGCGCACUUGACUAAGAUCACAGACGAGAUCCGGGUACUGCAUCGUUGGGAGAAGGGCGAUGUGCUGGUGUUUGAUAAUAUUGUGGCGCAGCAUGGUCGGGAGCCGUGGCUUGGGGAGCAGUCGGAUCGCGUGGUUAUGGCGAGCUUGUUUGAUGGGGCAGCUGUGCCCGGGGCGUAUGGGUUUGGGGACUGGGCCCAGGUGGUGCAGGCUGCGGAGUAGUUCUAGAUUUGGUGGAGUGAGUGG